CACGCUGAUGAGCAGUCUGUUUUCAUUUAGGACACUCAGGACAUUUUGCAUCUGGGUUACCUUUGAGGACAAACUGAAGACAGGGCAUGAGGUCAAAGACGUGGGCCUGCAGAAGGAGGAGUGGAGACUGAAAAUCAGAAAGCUCAUCGGCUUAAUCAGGAUGGGCUGCACUUGCAGUGGCCAGAAAGAAAUAGAAGCUGAAGAUACAUUUUACAAAAUAAAGAACCCCCAGACAUCCAACUCAUCAAACCAUACAGAACGAACUGCUAACGCCUAUUCAUCUAACGAAGAAAAUGUGUUUAUAGCGCUGCAUGACUUCAACGUAACCAAUAGCAGUGAUCUUCCUUUCAAAAAAGGGGACAAACUCAAAGUUUUGCAAGAGAGUGGAGAAUGGUGGUUGGCUAAAUCGCUUCUCUCAGAACAAGAGGGCUUCAUUCCAUCUAAUUAUGUAGCCCGAGCAGACACGCUGGAAGUGGAGAAAUGGUUUUUUAAAGAUUUGAGUCGAAGGGAGACCGAACGACUGCUUCUAGCUCCUGGAAAUAAACCGGGCUCUUUCCUUGUUCGGGAGAGUGAGACCUCUAAAGGGUCGUACUCGCUGUCGAUAAGAGACGAUGACCGAGAACAAGGAGAUGUAGUAAAACACUACAAGAUUCGCUGUCUGGACAAAGGUGGUUACUAUAUCUCUCCCUCCAACACCUUCCCAUCCUUACAAGAGCUGGUCAAGUACUAUACCCAGACAGCAGAUGGGUUGUGUCUACGGCUGUAUGCUCCUUGUAAGUCAAAGGCCCCUAAGCAACCGUGGGCUCAGGAUGAAUGGGAGAUUCCCCGAGAAACACUGAAAAUGGUGAAGAAACUGGGCGCUGGGCAGUUUGGAGAAGUUUGGAUGGGCUACUACAAGAAUACCCAAAAGGUUGCUAUUAAGACGCUGAAGGAGGGAACAAUGGAGCCUGGGGCCUUUCUUCAGGAAGCUAACCUCAUGAAGGAGCUGCAGCAUGAGCGACUUGUACGACUCCAUGCUGUGGUGACCAAGGAGCCUAUUCUCAUUGUGACUGAGUUUAUGGUUAAUGGAUGCCUUCUAGACUUUCUAAAAACAGAUGCAGGGAAAAAUCUCAAGAUGAACAAGUUGAUUGAUAUGUCAGCGCAGAUAGCUGAAGGCAUGGCAUACAUUGAAAAGAGGAAUUUUAUUCACCGUGACGUUCGUGCAGCUAACAUACUGGUCAGUGAGACACUGCACUGCAAGAUAGCCGACUUUGGCCUGGCCAGAAUCAUUGAGAAUGAAUACACAGCACAGGAAGGUGCUAAGUUCCCCAUUAAAUGGACGGCUCCAGAGGCUAUCAACUUUGGCACGUUUAGCAUCAAAUCAGAUGUCUGGUCCUUUGGGAUCCUGCUAACAGAAAUAGUCACCUAUGGAAGAAUACCAUAUCCAGGAAUGACCAAUCCAGAAGUGAUCAGGAACCUGGACAAGUUUUACAGGAUGCCACAGCCGGACGAUUGUCCUGAGGAACUCUACAGUAUCAUGAUGAUGUGCUGGAAACAAAAGCCUGAGGAACGGCCCACUUUUGAUUUUCUGCAGAACACUCUCAAUGAUUUUUUUAUUGCCACAGAGGGACAAUAUGAGAUGCAUCCAUAGGUGGCAAAAACAGAAAGGCUCCUUGGUAAUUAUGUGUGUACUCACUUAGCAUCUCCUUUAUGACUCAUACAAAUGAUUUAUAUAAAAUAAUUCCUCUCAGUGAAUGUCAAAGUUAUUUUUGGCUUCUACUAUCUACAACGGAAACGAGCAUCAGAAACAUAUCAAAGUCAAAAACUUCAACACGAUUUCAUUAUGUUCACUUUGCUUCAGCUGUAGAUGCCUCUUAUUCUUGAUUGAAGCAAUGGAAUGUGAGUAUAAUCAACAGCGGGACUCUACGCAGAAAAAGGCUGGAGAUGAAACAUCUGCAGGGUACCAAAAGCAACAGACUGAGAUUACAUGCACAAUACUUUGCACUUUUUUUCUUCAUUUAAUUGUAUUUGAAAAUAAAAGCGCUUUUAAAAGAGAAA